AUGGAAUCGACGCAGAAGAAGUACAAGAUCCUCGUGUCGAACGACGACGGCAUUGAUGCGCCUGGUGUGCUCUCCAUCGUGGAAGAGUUGGCCCGCUACCACGACCGCUACGAGGUGCGCGUAGCCUGCCCGGCCGAGCAGCAAUCCGCCCAGUCCCACGCCGUCACCAUCUUCAAGCCCCUCUGGGCCGAGCCCUAUGCCUUCCACUCCGACCUCGCCCAUGUGCCCGCCUACAAGGUGUCCGGCACGCCCACAGACUGCGUCAAGGUGGCCCUCAUGUCCGACCUGCUGGGCGGCUGGCAGCCCGACCUCGUCGUCUCUGGGAUCAACGCGGGACAGAACGACGGAUUGAAUGUGAUCUACUCGGGCACCUGCGCUGCGGCGUUGGAGGCGAGCAUGUACGACAUUCCGUCCAUCGCCCUCUCGCUCGAAUACAACUUUGCCAUUGGAGACGCCGUAUUGGCCGACAUCUCGCUGUGGAAGAACAUCUGCUGCAACGUCAACUUUCCCAACGUGCCCGAGGACCAAGUCAAGGGCUACAAGCUCACAAAGCAGGGCAACAGCAGCUUCAAGGACAAGUACGUGCGGCACCACAUGACCGAGGAGGAAAAGCACCUUCACCCCACCCGCACCGUCUACCGCAUGGAGGGCUUCAUGGAGCUGUCGGACACGGACGAGGAGCUGGACACGGUGGCGAUGCGACAGGGCUGGGUGGCGGUGACGCCCAUCUCGGCCUACGCUCAGAACGCGCUCGCCCUCGACACCACCGCCAAGAUCACCAGCUGGCCCGUCUUUUCCCUGACUCCCGCAUCCCUCUGA